AUGGGAGCCAUAUUGAGCCAAUGUGGUUGGGAGGUAAAUGGGAGUAUGCUGGUCAUAUGCUUCUCAUUUGCCUCCCAUUCCUUCACCAGCUGGAGGAACCAAGUCAGACAGAAGCUGGUCACUCCAGAAAAAAAUGUGGAGGGGAUGCCUCUGAAGGCACUGCAGAGGUACCUCUACAGUGCCUUCUGGGUAUGUCCAUCUCUCAUGGAUGAAAAGACAAACUUUAAAGUGACCCUUGCCCUGAGAGCAUUCCCCGACGGGCACAAGUUGUUUAAGAAAAGUUCCGGUGCAACCUCCAUUGACUUCUGGAGGGCGUUCAGGAAGAACAUUGAUGCUAUGAUGAAACAGUCUCCAGAACGAUGGGUUGCACUGGAACAGAGAAUUGUUAAAAAAAUUGAAGCUUCCAAUAAAGAAGAUUGA